AAAGAGUGAUCGAUUUAUGAAUUAUAGUCCGUCCAGUCCUCUUUAGCUCGAGUCACCUCGACAAUAUGAGUAACUUUAAUAAGGGGUAGGACACCGGUACCCCCAAACAGAAACCCCUAAUACAAAUACUAUAGUUACAUAUAUAUCGUUACUAUAACAUAUCUGACGUUAUUGUUUGGAGAUACCUGUAGGGUAGGACCAGCCCUACCCCUUAUUGAUACUGCGAUGUGUGGUGCUGAUCAUUGACCAUAGCAAUAGUACAGAACAAAACCAGGGGAGAUAACCAUGUCUCUACUGUGGAAGGCGAUAGCCACGGUGACCCUCUUCAGUGCUGUCUUGUCACUGAUUGUCUUUCAGGGUGUGUUUGAGUCUGCUCCUGUUGACAUUGGCUCUCAGCACUAUGCAGAAGUGUCCACGUUUCGUCACAUCCUUCCUGUGUGGGUCAGAAUGCCUUUCAACACCAUCGUCAACAUCGGCUACAUCAUCGUCGGGGCGUACUGGUGCGCGAUGACAACGCUGGCAAGCGAGACGAAACUGCUUGGCGACUUUGACGUGUACAUGUUUUACCUGUUCAACGUGAUGAGCGGUUUCUACGGCGGUGUGCAGCUUCUGCGGAUUUUAACACAGAAACACGAAUUCGCGGUGCUGGACCAGUGGUGCACGCUGCCAUUCUUUGCCAUGGUUCUCAUAUGGUCCUUAAAUCUGACCUACGGUUGGAAGCCGCUAAGAUCGGUCGGUCUGAUACUCUUGUCGUUGGCUAGUUACGUGUUCGUAUUAUGGUCUCCAAUAGGAUUCGAAAUUGCUCUUGCUAUCCACAUCGUCGGAGCCAUUACUGGAGCCGUCGUGUGCUACAGGAAGUAUCCAAACGAGGACUCCCAGUUCUAUUUUGUCAUGGCGAUGCUGAGUUGUGCAGGAUUUGUUGGACUGAAGGUGUUUGAUCUAGAAUUACCAAAAUAUGCCAACAUUUUCAAGUACAUCUCAGGUCAUUUCUUGUCCAAAAUAGCAGACAUCUUACAGAUUCAUUUUGUUGAUGGUUACUUUCAGUCUUUAAUUAUUGAGAGGAUCAUCAUCAGUAGGCGAAAUAAGACAGUUAAGACAGAAUAAGAUGUGUAUAGUUUUAGAUGGAAUAAGACAUUUAAGACGGAAUAAGAUAUGCAUAGAGAUGGAACAAGACGGUUUAGAUGAAAUAAGAUGUGCAUGGUUUUAGAGCUUGAAAGUUUGGAAGUUGAUCAGUAUUAAAAAAUUACUAAAUGGAUUAUUGUGUGUAUUCUCGUAAAUAGUGAACAAAACCUUUAUGUUUAACAUACUACAUUUGUGUAUAUCAAAAUUCUAAUGAAAAACUAUGGAUGUUUGAUGACUCAGUUUAUUAAGAAUUUUUCUGAUGACAGAGUCUGAAAAAUAUGGAUUGUUCAUUAUUCUUUAGAUUAUCCAUUUUUGUAGAGCCAAAGUGUUUCUGGUUAUCCUGGUGUUUGUAGUACCAAAAAUUGCAUUUUUCAUAUUUUAAAAAAUGCAUGUGCAGCUGAAAAGUAACUGUUUAAUGAUUCAAGUUCUAGUCUUUUUAAAGGAUAUUUCCUGUUUUAACGUCACACUCUUCUUUCACUCUAUUGUAACUUUAUCCAAAUGAGUUACAGGUUUGUAAAUUAACUAAACUUGGUGUCCAUUUUUUACGGGUUAAAACUAGGUUCUGCACCUUAAAGGAAGGCUAAGUUUAGACUUUUUGACUACUAUAUUCUUUCAGUUAUAUAUAUUUAACACUAUUUUUCUACAACAAUCUUUUCUUUUUUUUGCAUACCAUUAUUGAAUUAAAUAAUGAUCAAAACACUGACAUUUUCACUAUUUAGUGAAGACAUUGUUCCAGCCUUUAACAACAAAUGCCACCUAUUGAACAGAUGGUGCAUUAGUUCUGUAAAGUCAGGAUUUCAGACCAUAUAAAGGGAUGGUGUCCACAUAAUCACCAAUUUGUACUGCCCAGUUGUCUUGCCAAACUACAAUCAUCUUCAAAUACACACGCACACAUACAUACACAGACACGCACACAUACAUACACAGACACGCACACAUACAUACACACACACACACACACUGGUUUUUCUUUGGAUGAAGUGGGAUUUAUUAUCUCAUUGUUAUUCACUAGUUUGUUUGAUUUUUUCUAGCAUUUAUCUUGGCAGCUUUAAAUACAGACUCAAACUGAAACGACUGCAGUAUAUCACCUGUAAAUUGUCUUUUUCCUAACAAGUUCAUGAUGAUUGCUGUUGCUUAAAAAUCAAUUUCGGAA